GUUGAGCGGCGGCGGCGGCGUCUUCUUCUUCCCGAGGCGUCCAUGGCGACCGCACGUGACAAGUUUGCUGGGCCCGAUUUGUCGGAACUGGACUGCUGGUUCCCCGGGGGUCCAGUCGCUCAGCCGAACGACAGACAUCAAGAAACCGGAAUAAAUGAAAGCAGGGAAUGUUUCACCCCAGUCGAGCCCCCCGAGACACCUUCUUUGGAGAGUGUUCUGGACAGGUUGCCGCCUGAGAUCCUGAUGACGAUCCUGUCCUACUUGGACGCCGCCUCCUUGCUGAGCCUCAGUAAAGUCAACACGGUCUUCCGCCAGCUCGCCAGCGACAACGUCGUGUGGUCCAAGAUUUACACGGCCAACUUUGCGACGGACCGGAGGAUGUAUCGCCCCGACGACAGAGUGGGGGAGGAGACGAGAAUGCGGGAUUCCCCGCCGGGCACCUGGAAGAAGCAUUUCCUUUGGAAGAUGGGCGGGGAGCAUCUCGGCAAGUGGCAGAGGGCGACCAGAGACGUCGACCCCUUCACGGGGAUGCCUCAGCGCUUCGGCUCCAUCCUCAGGAACAUCAACGUGUUGUGGGAGGUGACGCUGGAGGACCGCCUGGGCCGACGGGCGAGCCCGCCGCUGCGCGCGUUCACCGUCUUCAAGACGUCCGUGGCGCUGUCGUGGGGCGGAAGUCGGCUGCUGCGCGACCCGGACGUCGCCUCCAUCCGGCUGAGCGCCGUGCACGGGACUCGGCCCCACGCGCCUUGGCGCUCGCUGGUUUGCCGGACGGAGCCGCGGGCCGACGGACGCCUGUCGGGUCGCUUCCUGGGCAGGGACCGGACGGUCCGCGUCGUGUUCUUCCCGCCGGCUUUCGUCGUGGGCUUCCGGAGGGGUCUGAAGGGCGUGGCCUUCGUGACGGUCACCCUGCACUCCAGCAAGCUGCUGGAGAGGGCGCUGCUGGGAUCGCCGUUAUGUCCGUACUGGCAGCCCGAGGAGCCCUGGGGCGCGGACCCGGGCCCGCGCUUGUACACGGUGCACCUAAGCCUGCACGACACCGCCUCCGAGAUCACGCCCCCGUACGUCAGCCCGCUCCACUGCAGACCAGUCGGGGGCCGCUACCUGGCCGAGCUGCGGCCCGUCCACCUGAACGGCUUUUCCCACUGCUACCCGGUCUUCGAGAACAUCCGAUUUCUUUGGAAGAGCGACUCGCUGGAAGGUUCCUUGGAGAAUUGCUGCGUGAUGACGCUGACGGUGCAGGAGGGCUUCGAGGCGCUGUGGUGCGUCAGCGCGCCCGUGCUGGUCGCGGCGGACGACCAGCCUCGGAAAAGCGCCGACGACUGCCAGCGUUACCUGCUGGUCCACGACGACGCCCGCGGCCUGGUGAAGAUGACGCUGCUGCGGCUGAAGACGCAGAGGCAGCUGUUGCUGGUUGACCUCCUCUUGAAGGUGUUCAAAAGCCAAACCAGGAGUUCUUAUUCCAUCCUGAAUUCUGACGAUUAAGGUGGGCCACGGACUUGAAAAAGUUCUCUUGGCGUUCUACAAGCCAUUAGUUGAGGGGAUAAAAGAUGUGAAUGUGAGCAAAUUUAAAAAAAAAAAAAAAAAACAAAGCGAGAACCAAUCAGUCAGUAAGUCAGUCAGGUUGUGACGGGGAGCAGACCGGCCCAAACUCUGAAUCAGCAGCGAGCCCGGAUAAAUUGGAAGGCUCGGCGUCACAAACUGGUCAUCGGUCCGAAAAACUGAGCCUUCAAAUUGCACCCAAAAGUGACAGAGCUGGAAGUGGUUGUGGUGGCCUGGAGGCCUCACAAAGGUCGAGAAGUCGUCGACCGGUUCUUUGGCGCUGCUCGGGCUCGGCGGGGCUCCUCUUUUGUUCGGGGUCUUGGUGAAGCUUCUCCGGAAUGAAACGACGACGACGACAACAACAACAAAAUGUCCUCCGUCCGUCGGCACGCCCGCCCCCUCGUCUUAUCCGGACGGGCUCGCGACGGCUCCCGCUCGGCGUUCUUUUUGUUUUUGGAGAUGACGACGAAGCGCGGGAGGGGCACGUUCACAGCCUGCAAGAAAAACGCCGGGGAUUCCGUCAGUUUACGCUUCGUGCGCGCUCAUUUUCAAAAUGUUCCUUUAUGUGAAGAUCAUAACGGGACAACAUUUCAAUGACGGGCACCAGAAAAACAAGUGACCGAGCUGUCAGGCCGUUUGCGGGAUGAUUUUUGUCGCAGAUGCCGUUUAACGUAAGAUUGGGGAACCGAAAAUGUUUCUGUGUGCUAUACGUGGUCGUUUUUUUUUUUUGUUUUUUUUUUU